UAUAGUAUAUAGUAUAUACAUAGUAUCGAAGUAUCGAGAUUCGAGGGACAAACUGAGAAAAACAUUUACAAUAUUUAUAAUACUAGGUUUAGGUGCUUAAGUAUAUCGUUAGUUAUUUAAUUAUACCGUACAAGUGUACAACUGUCAACAAAUAACCAAAAUUAAUUACAAUUAAGUUUUAACAUGAUAUAUCCACGUCAUAAAGCUCAAAACCAGUAACUUCUCGCAUUACACUGGUCUGUCAUAUUUUAAUUACUUAUUGAAUAAUUACUAACCUUAUCAUGUUUUAUCACAAGGUAACGUACUAACGUGCCUCUCAUAGAUUAAAGCAGAAAAAAAAUGUUUUCAUUACUUUGCACUCGAAUCUCAUAUUAUUUACCGUCAUUUGUAUUAUUAAUACAAUUUGUUGUCUUUUAAGAUAGUUAAACAUUUCAUUCAAAAUUGAAUUUGAUUGUAAAAUAUAAAAUAAACAUGAGUCAUAAUCUAACUAAUAGUGAAGAUAUUAAUGAAGACAUACUACCGCCAGAAAAAAGAAUUCAAACAUUAUUGUUGUUGAGUUCUAAAAUUGAGUUAAACACGAAUAUAGCAGCUAGAAAAUAUUACCGAUCAGGGCGAGAGAUGAUUAGUAUGGCUGAUGUAUAUACAAAAGAAAACAAUUUGGAACAAGCAUACAUUCUUUACAUGCGAUUUAUGACAUUAUUUUUGGAAACUAUUAAUGAACAUCCUGAUUACAAAAAUGUACCAAUUGAAGAACGCAAUUUAAAUUAUCGGGCUCUCCGCGAAGUCCUCCCAAUAGCAGAAAAUAUAAAAACUAAAUUAUUAGAACAAUAUAGUACUGAAUAUGAAUUGUGUCAAGAACGAAAAGCAUUACAAGAAUUUAAAGAAAAACGUGAUAAAAAAUUAUUAAGUUUAGAAAAAAAUGAUACGCCAUCUAUUCAAAAUGUCACUCAAAAACAUUUAAAUACAAUUUCAAAUAAUACCACAGUACCUGAACUAAAUAAUACUUAUUUAAAUAAUCCUACAUCAUUUGAAUUAAGACCAUCAGAUCAUUCAGAACACAAUUUAAUCAAUUUUAAUGAAUUGGAUGAUAAUACUCUACCAUCAAAUAUACCUACACAUUCAAAUUCAAAAAUAGAAUUCAAUCAACAUAAACCUAUUGUUGAUAGAAGUACCAAACCAAUGUUGUACAAGAACACUACAUGUCCGUACAAUCUUCGCCAAAUAAUAGUUCCAGGCAAUUUAACUAAAAGAUUCCUCGAACAAGCACAACGGAAUACAUUCAAUAAUUUAGAAACUUGUGGCAUAUUAGCAGGAAAAUUGAGUUCUAACUGUUUAAUUGUCACUCAUUUAAUGAUUCCAAAACAAAGUGGUACAUCAGAUUCAUGUACUACAAUGAAUGAAGAAGACAUUUUUGAAUUUCAAGACAAGCAAGAUCUUAUUACUUUAGGAUGGAUACAUACUCAUCCAACACAAACUUCUUUUAUGUCAAGUGUAGAUUUACAUACACAAUAUUCAUAUCAGUUAAUGAUGCCAGAAGCUAUUGCAAUUGUCUGUGCACCUAAAUAUAAUGAAUCAAAUUUCUUCUUUUUGACGCCUUAUCAUGGAUUACAAGUUAUAGCCGAUUGCAAAUUUUUCAGUGGUUUCCAUACACAUAACACAGAUGGUGAUAUUUAUGCCAUUGCCGAACAUUAUGUAUUGGAUGACAACUUGCUGGUCAAUGUGGUUGAUUUUAGAUAAUAAGAAAAUUACAGUAUUUUAAACAUUUUUUUAAAUGUUAACCAUGUGAAAAAUUAAAGUAGUAGGUCUAUCUAUUGUAUGUUCUGGCACAAUCUACUUUUUUCAACUUAUUUAAUAAUAUCUUACUCAAAAAAAAAAAAUUAAAUAAUAGUGAAUAUAUUUUUAUCAUUUAUUAAUUUUAAAAGCAAAAAAAAACUAUUUAUACUUAUUACUAAUUUCCUUUGUUUUUUUUUUUGUAUCUAUUUCUAUUUAAUUAUUUUAACUAUUUAAAAUUAUUCAUUUUAUAUUUUUCUGAUUCCUAAAAAGUCAAUGUUAAUUACAGUUUUAAAACUGUUUCAACAUUUCUCAAUAUCCACUAAAAACAAAAAUUUGAAUCAAGCUUUUACAACCAACAAUUUUUAAAUUAAAAGAAGACUAUUUUUUAAAUUUUUAUUCUAAAAUUUUAAAUUAAUUGUCUACAUUUUUCUAUAUUUUCCACCAAUUAUUUUUAUUUUAUUUCUAAAUUCAAAACAAAUUCUUAAUUUAUUGUUUAUUAUUUUAAAGUAAAUAUUCUUUGUAACAGCAAUUUCUUGGUAAAAAAAUUAUAAGCCACACAAUUUUUUUUUUUCAAUUUUGUCAUCUGUUAAUGAAUUACAACAGGUAAUUUUUGUAAUAAAAUUUUAAAUGGUUUUGACACAAUAUACAUUUAAUAGGUAAAAUCACACUGUUGAUUAAUUUCAUGCCUUUAUAAUUUAAUUAUAAUGUAAACAAUUUUAAGGCUAGAUUUACAUCAUUGGAAUACCAAAAUGAGGAAACUGAAACUUAUUUGCCCAUAGCUUGAUAUUAACUCAUCAAGUCAACAAAAUUAAUACCACUGAACAAUUUUUGUAGUUUGAAGUGUCUUUCAACUAACUAAUAAAACUUAAACAUUUUUCAUCUAUUUUGAGAUGAAGUCGAUUGUGUUCUGUAAAUUAUCAGAACAUACAGUAGAUGAAAGGUACUUAUCUACUAAAACUAAUUCACGUUUUGUUUAUCUAGUAAUUAUUAAAACUUGGUAUUUGUUGAUUCUAAGAAAUAUAUCUUAUUCAUUAUUUUAAAAUAAUUAUAAUGGUUUAUCUCGAUUUUUACUUAUUUAUUAAAUAUUAUUAUUAACUAUUGAUUAAUAAAUUAUUUUUGAUAUUUAUGUCUUCAUGUGAAUUUUCAUUAGUCUUUAUAAAUGGUUAAAUAUUUAAAAAAUUUAAAGUUAGGAUUAUAUAUUCUCUAAUCGUAAAUUAAUGCAAAUACAACAAAUUAUGUUGUUGGGUAACUCAUGAAUAUCAUUAUAAUUUAUAAAGAGUGAUUUUUGAAAAACACGUUACUAAACCAGUUAAUUUUAAUUAUAUUAAUUAAGUAUGCAUUUAUUAAAUCAGACAUUUUGUUAUUACAUUAGGGAAAUUUUUUUAUUGACCUAUUACCAACAAUACAUUAAAUAAAUAUUAAACUAAUAACUAAUUAAUAUAAAUAUUAUGUUUAAUCAAGGAAAUUAUUUAAUUUUCAAGAUAUUAUCUUUAAAGUUUAAUUAUUUGUAUUUUAUUCAUAUAUAUUUACAGUUCAAUAUUUUUUACUAUAAAUUAAUAUUUAUAAAUAAAAUAUAAUAUAUAGAGGUAUACUUUUUUUUAAAUAAGUAUACCAAUUAAUUUACUUCAACAUGUUCUAUCAAUAUAUGUAUGAAUAGUAGAUAAUAAAAUAUGUAACCAAUUUUAGAUUAUAAAUAAAUAUUUGUUUAAAAUUAUUUUGAUUACAAUAAUACAUCCAAUUGUCACUUAAUUAUUAGUUACAUAUUAUGUAAGUUAUAAGUAACAAAAUGAGGUUAAAUUUAUACAUGUUCAUUAAUUGGUAAUAGUAAUUCUAAGUGUUAGCUCCAUAAUAAUAAAAGGAAGAAAUUCCUAUAGGCUGUUAACAGUGCCGCAACUAUACCAAUUUGGGUUUGUCGUUUGUGUGUAAAUAAAAUUAAUGGGCCCCCUCCCUCUUUAACAUUUUUAUCAUUGGGACCCUGGAUCCGUGUGUAUGACAUACACAACAUACCCAGUUAUUGCGGCACUGGCUGUUUGUUUAUUAUGUUCUUUUUAACAAAAAAAAAAAAAAAAAAAUGAAUGAAUAAUCACAUAUAUUGACAAAUUAGUUUUGUCACCAAAAUUAUUUUUUGUUUUUUUUUUUGCAAAAUUUAAGAUAGUUCCAUUUUAAAUUGUGUUUUGUUAUACAUGUAAUCUAUUAUAUGUUUGCAUUGUUGUUGUUGUUGUUAUUGUUUAUCAACAUUUUGAGUAUUAAUUUAAUUUGAAUAGGUAUGAUAAUUUAAUAUUUAUCAAUUAUCAAUAUACUCAGUUUUUCAUUAAAAAAUAUUUAUAAAAUUGAAUUAAUAUUAUUGAAUAAAAUUUAUGACAUUUUUCAUUCACUCA